AGUCCUUGCAUCAGAUUGCUGGGGAUCCAAGCUGAAUAAAUAUCACCUCUUAGGCAUGCCAAGCAAGCACACAAGAGACAGGAAAAGGCACAGAAUGUGAUCGUUUAUGUUCCCUUCUGAUAAUAACUUCAGUAGAGGGGACUUGAAGCGAUAAGCAGGCCCAGCUGCAGAAGGAGUGCCAUGGUCUCUGUCCAGCAGUGCAGACUAUCUCUACCCCCAUUUUAAUGUUCUAGGCUACAGAGCAUUUUUUUCUGAGCUACGUAGUGUCUCCAAGCCCCAAUCCCAAGACCUCUGACUCUCUUUCAGCCAUGAUGGCUGAGGGCAAUCACACACAAGUGACAGAGUUUGUUUUCUUGGGCUUCACAAAUAAUCCACACCUAGAAAUUGCCCUCUUUGUGGUGUUUUUUUUCAUCUACCUGGCAGAUGUGGUGGGAAAUGUGGGCAUGAUCCUCCUGAUCAUCAUAGAUGUACAGCUCCACACACCCAUGUAUUUCUUCCUUUGCCACCUCUCCUUAGUGGACCUGGGCUACUCCACUGCCAUUGCCCCACGCAUGCUGGCUGACUUCUUAUGCCAGAGCAAGGUUAUCUCCUUUUCCAGCUGUGCCACACAGUUUGCAUUUUUUGUGUGCUUUGUGGAUGCUGAAUGCUAUGCCUUGGCCGCCAUGGCAUAUGACCGCUAUGUGGCUAUCUGCCGUCCUCUCCAUUAUACCACGGUCAUGUCAAAACAGGUCUGUUUGGUAUUGGUGAUUGGUUCCUAUGUAGCAGGUCUGAUAAGCUUAGUGUCCCAUACCAGCCUGACUUUCAGCUUAGAUUUCUGUGGCUCCAACAUCAUCAAUCAUUUCUUCUGUGAGAUCCCCCCGCUCCUAGCACUGUCUUGCUCCAACACCUACAUGAGUGAGAUCCUCCUCUUCAGCCUCUGUGGAUUCAUCGAGUUCGGCACCAUCCUUAUCAUCCUUGUCUCCUACCUCUUCAUCUUCACUGCCAUCUUGAGGAUCCGCUCUGCUGAGGGCAGACGUAAAGCCUUCUCCACUUGUGCUUCCCAUCUCACUGGGGUCACCCUCUUUUAUGGGACAGUUAUGUUUAUGUAUCUGAGGCCGACAUCCAGUUACUCGUUAGACCAGGACAAAUGGGCCUCUGUGUUCUACACAGUUGUGAUCCCUAUGCUGAAUCCUCUCAUCUACAGCCUGAGGAACAAAGAUGUGAAGGAAGCUUUUAGAAGAGUCAUCAGCAAGAAAGCUUUAUCCCAGUAACGUCCUCUUUAAUUAUGAGAUGCUGAAUUCAAAAAUCAUGGGAAGGGGUACUUUGUAUGUCUUAUAAUGCAACAUAAUAUUGUGCAGGAAUCUACAGAUGUCUGUGCAGCUUUACUCAAUAUAAAGGUUAACAUGUUAAAGAAAGAAGGAUAGUAGUUAUUCCAUAACAAUAAGAGAAGGAGGAAGAUUCACUUUCAUGAAAGAUGUGAUAUUCGUUUCCAUGUACGAGAAUCUGUGAGUAUAAUGCAUGUUUUAUAAAAAUUAAAAUCUUUCUCUUUUUUCAAAACAAACAAGAGUUAAUUAUAACAUUUGAUUUGGAAAUAUUUUUAUUUUUGAAAAAUACUAUUAGACUUUUUCCCUGCUUUAGUUUUGAUUGUAGAGGAGUGGGGGGGGCAUUCCUAAAGCAAAAGUUUUAGGAGAGUAUUUUUCUGCAACCAGAGCGUUGGAUUAGAGCAAAUUAGUGAAAUCAAUGGGACAGAAGUUAGUCAUGACUAAACUUUCACGUUGAUUCCAAGAGUCCAAAGAAUUGAAAUCAUUAGCUUUCAUGUAUCAAAAUAUAUUAGGAAAGAGUGUCAGGACUGGAAAAUAAGAUUUAUAUUAAGGACUAUAUGGAACGCAAUCAAAAUUAUUUUAAGAGGUGAAUUGAUUUAUAGCUCAAUUUGUUGCUACUUGGAAGUAAGUCCCAUUGAGUUCAGUGAGACUUACUCUCAGGUAAGUGUUUAUAGGAUAAUUUGAGUUUCAUUUAUUACAUUACACUGACUGCAAGUUGCUAGUUUGUUUUUUCAAAUGCCUUAUGGAAGAUCCAUGUAGGUGAUGCUUAAUUAUUGAAAGUGCUGGGAGAUGGGGAUCAAAGGGCAAAGUAAAGCUGUAUAAGGAUACUAUAAACACCACUCAUAGUGAAAUGUUCUAUACCCUCAUAAAGAUGAAGCAUAACAAGAGUCAUUGCUUCCCAGAAGAUAAUUUCUACAUAGAUAUCAUUUGAGUUGUAGGGAGAGUUUGUAUAUAGUACACUUGAAAAUGUGGCAAUACACAUGUAGGCCAUUUAGAGUCAUUUAUGUACAUGAGUGCAUUUGUCAUGCAUUAUGAUGUGCAUACAACUUGCAUGUGUGUGUUUUUCUGACAUGGGAGUACUAGCUGUUUAGGAAAUUGUCUUCUGUAGAAUGGCCAAUAAAUCAUAGCCAAAUUCUAUCUGGAUCUCAGAUCCAUUAUUGCAAGGCAUACUGCUGGCCCCAUCCCUUGGACAUUCCCAUGUGGGUGUGAACAUCUGCACUGAUGAAUGCACUAGGGGAGCAUCUCCUUGUACACAUCCUUUGUCAGGACAGAUAUAUAAACCAAUCUGGGGGCAUUCAUGGACUGGAGAAAACAGCACACCUCAUGCUGGCCGACAGCAUGGCAAUGUUAAUUGUGUACAGAGGGGUUACUGAUACAAACAUAACCCUGUGAAAAUGUAUUUUUGUGAAUCCUGGAUUUUUGUGAAGACUCCGUAUAUUCAUUCCUACUGUCUCUCAAAUCUUCAACCUAGCAUCUUCU